AUGAAUCAGACAGCAGAAAAGAUUAUUGAAACGAUUCCCGUCACUGGCGGGGUUGAUUUCAAGAGGAUUGCGAGUGAAUUAGUGGGAUCAAUUGAUUUUCACGAUUGUUAUUUCCAAAAAUCGCUAUUAUUUAUUGUAUUUAAUCCAGUGUUUUGGAACAUUGUGGCCCGUCUCGAGUAUUCUACACAUUUUUUGACGAAAUUGGCUGGCGGUAACGCAAAGAGAGGAUGUUACUUACUAGCUAUUAUAAUUUUCACUUUAGGCAUUGGUCGUGAUUUAAUGUUUGAAAAAGCUCUUCGUUUGCAACCUUCUUUGCCCUUAUUUCAAAAUUUGUACGUGAAAAUGCUUGGAUAUGUGUUCACUGCAAUUGGACAGGUAUUCGUCCUUACAUCCAUGUACCAAUUGGGUGUCACAGGUACAUAUCUCGGUGAUUAUUUCGGUAUAUUAAUGGAUCAUAGAGUCACCUCUUUCCCAUUCAAUGUCUCAAAUAAUCCUAUGUACCAAGGGUCUACGUUGACAUUUCUUGGCUAUACUCUGUUAUUUGCCAAACCAGCAGGUUUAAUUGUCACAGCAAUGGUUCAUCUCAUGUACAAGAUCGCUUUAAGAUUCGAAGAACCAUUCACCGCAAAGAUUUACGCUCAAAAGCAGCUUGAUGAACGAAGAAAACAUAAAUAG